AUGCGGCCAUGUCGCGCAAACGUCUCCCUCUUAGAAGAAGAUAUCUGGCGUGAACAGCAAUGCAGUGCUCAUGAUGACACCCCAUACGGAGGGGAGCUAUUCCAUUGGAGAGCUCACAGGGAUGACGCAGAACCUUGUGCUCUUACUUGUAGAGGUACACCACAACAUUCUGGACAAAGUCCUGAGCCGACUGUGUCUCUAGAUGACGAAGACCGCGUGGUGGUAACCGUACUAGCUGCGAGGGUGUCGGACGGCACCAGAUGUCGGCCAGGCAGUCUUGAUAUGUGCAUCGAUGGAAGAUGUCAGAAUUCUCGAGUUGUCCGCCGACAGCUCGGUCGAGUAUACGACGCAAUGAAACAAGUUAUAGAUGGUUUGGAUUACUUGCCAGCAGCCCGCUUGAACUAG